AUUUUAUUCCAUCUUCCAUAAUGAAUUUCUUAAGGCAAAGGAAGAACACACAUCAGCCAAAGAUACAUGAGGAGUCGAAGAGAAUGGAUAGACUAAUCAGCAUGAUGGUGACAAAAGUUAUAAAAUAAGUUUGCAAUGAAAGAUAGGUCACCCAGAGUCAGAGAGAUGAUUGAAGAGGAAAUCAGGCAUUAUUUCAACCAGGAAUCAAAAUCUGGAUCAAAACUAGCUUACCUUAAUGGCACUCAUUUGACCCAGAUAGAGAUCAAGAUUAAGAGAAAAUUAUUAGCAGAAAAAGGCCUUGGUGCUCAAACCAGUAUGACAAACCAUAAGAAAUUUCAGGAAGUAGCCAAGGUCUUAAAAUCGGUAUCACCAACACCAAAUCAUAGGGCUUCUGUUUUCAGUGGAAGUCCUUUGCAGAAUAAUGAUUAUUCAACCACUGGGCUAAACUUAAUCAGAACUUCUGACCAUCAGACUCAGAGACAAUUAACUAAAUCUGUAGAUUUGAUUAAGAAGAACAGCCAUAAGAGAGUAAACUCCAGAGGAGUGCACAGCUACCUUAAACAAGGAGGUAUCAACACUCUUGCUCAAGGCAUCCCUCGAUUCAAUAACGAAGAGAACAUCAGUAUUUUUAGUGGCCAAGACGAAUGGGAUGAAAUUGAAAAGUUCAAUGCUCUUGCUGAAGAACAUGAAAAGCGCCUCAAAGUUUUGAAUACUCAAAAGAACCAAAAGAAAAUGCAAGAAAGUUUGAAGAAACAGAUUCAAGAGCAGAGAUCAAUCAAGAAAUAAAGAACAAAUUGAGAAUAAAAGACUUGAUAAUAUAACUAUCCAGAGAAUUCAGAAAGAAGAAAAGCAGGAGAAGACCAAGAAAUUCGAACUUUACAAACUAAUGGAGGAUCGGAAACAAAUGGUUGCCAACCAAGUUCAAACUCAUCAAUUGCAUAAAUAAACUCCAUGACCAAGAAAAGCGACGGUAUGAGAAAAAGCUAGUUUCUGACCUUAAGCAGAAGAUAGAGGCUGAAAAGCAGAAGGAAAAGGAAAAGAAGUUAUUCCAGAGGAACCUCUACGCCAAAAUUCGUGAAGAGAACGAAGCUCUGAAGGAAAAGCUUAAUCAAGAGAAGGUCAAGGAGAUGGAGCAGGACAAGAAAUUCAUUGAAGAUUACAACAACAUGAUCGAGGCUCAAGCCCUCAAGCGUAAGCAGGAAAGAGAGGAGAGAAACAAUAAGAUAAAAGCCAGGAUGAGCAUCAUGGGCGGGAAAAUACUCAGAGAUCAAGGCCAAAAGGAUAAAGAACAAGAGCUGGUCCUUCUCAGUGGUAUCAAAAAGAAGGAAGCAAAGGAGAAACUUAAAGAAAAUAAGAAAAUGAUGAUUCUCAAGCGUGACCAGAACGACUUGCGUUACUUCUUAGCGACACAAGUUGAAGAGAAGCAUAAACAAAAGGACCUGGAAAUACAGAAAUAACAAAUGGUUCAUUGAACAAGAGUUAGCUAAAGCUCAGAAAGAGAAGGAAGAAGAUAAGGCUAAAGAAGCAGCACGUAAGAGAAAGGAAAUUGAAAAUAAUAAAUAUGUCAUUGAACAAAUAGCUGCCAAGAGUGACCCUAAAGAGAACCAUUCAAUAGGAAGAUGUGGUGCGAGAGGUAUGAAUGAGGAAGAGUUUUUGUUUAACAAGAAACUGCUCAUGGACAUUAGUAAGAAAAAGCAGGAGUACAAAAAGGCUACCCUUGAGAUGCAUGAGUAACCUAAUUUUGA